AUGAGGGCGCAUAUGCGCGGCGCCUUGCCGGUGCUCCUCCUCCUUCUACAAUCGCUACUAUGCACGACCGUCGAUGCCGCCUUCGUUACCUUCGAGAACUGCCUCCCCGACAGCACGAAGAACUCGGACCUCCUCAAGUUCACACCCUCCUUCGUAAACGCCACCUUCAUCAACACAGUCGGCUCCAGGCACGAUCUCGACCUCACGAUCUACGGCAAUGUCUCCGGAAAGCAGUACAGCGGACCGAUUCCUACUGGGAACAGCCCAUACUGGAGUAACGAUAAUGAGACGAAUGGCAAGAUUGUGGAUAUUGUAAAGUCGAACAACAAGUACACGACUUUGACUGUGGACUAUAUGGUGGUGACGUUCACCGCAUACGAUAAUAAAGGAGAAGAGUUCUGCCCGCUGUUGAACAAUAAUCAGUCAUGUCCGUUGAGUCCCGUCUUCGAGUUCAACGCCAGCGAUUACACUGUAUACCCUUCGUUCACGGUGUCGCAAAGGUUCAACAGUUCGUACGCCUUCACCACGAUCUCGUCGACAGUCCAUAUCUUGUCCGGAGAACAAGGAGCGCAGGAUCUCGCAUGCAUCAGCGUACAGGUCACGCCUGACCUCGGACCAACGAUUCGCGGGCUUCUUACCUGGCUGGCAGCGGCGAUAUUGAUCCUGAAGGGAUUGGCGACCUUGAUCGCUGCGAUAUGGUCACCAUGGGGCACUUCGGAUAUUUUCAAGUGGAGCAGCAAUUAUGGAAGAGAUGAGGAUCUGUUAAGAUUGGUCACACCAGGCUUCGGAGACUGCCUACAAUACAUACAAUUCAUCUUCUUGACAGGAAGUUUGACGCUGCAAUAUCCUGGAUUCUUUCGUCCAGCGGUCCGUCAGGUUGCCUGGUCCUCCUUGCUGUUCAAUGAAAGUUUCGUUACUGGUGGAAACAGUACGGAAGCCCUGGUAGAUGGACUUUACAAGACAAAUGCCACUUAUGGUCUGACGAGGAUGAGCCAACUAGUCGGGAUGAGCAAGGCACAAGACAUGUGGGCAUGCAUGGCGAUUUGGCUGCUGGUCAUUAUUGGUGUGGUUGUUGUGCUCUGCCAGCUUGGGUUCGCUGCUCGCUGGAUUUAUCGACAAGUAACGCGGACAUCAGAAGAGGACUUGCAAAAGAAGAACUUGCCAUUCACCCUGGGCAACAUCAUCCGCCUGAUCUUCAACUACUUCCUCCUACCGAUCGUUUCGCUCAGUUUGUUCCAACUGGUCAUAUCGAGCCGCUCACCCACAAGUGUCGUUGUCUGUGCGGUAGUACUGCUGGUCAUCGUCAUUGUGUGGGCGGGCUGGGCGUUGAAGGUCAUUUUCAGUACGAAACCCAGGACUCUUCUUUUUGACAAAAUGCCGACAGUACUCCUCUACGGACCGUUCUACAAUACGUACAGCGAUAAUGCGGCGCCCUUCUCUCUGGUGCCGAACUUCAUAACAUUCUUGCGAGGAGUUGCAAUUGGAGCCACCCAGUCGACUGGUAUCGGUCAGAUCAUCGUUCUUGCCAUCUGCGAAGUCAUCCUCAUCUUGACUUUGAACGGCUUUCGACCUUUCCAGGGACAGACAAGCAUGAACCUGUAUCACACGUUCUAUGCAAGUGCCCGUCUUGUCGUGGUUCUUCUAAUGAUAGCAUUUGUCCCCUCUCUUGGUGUAACCGAAGCGCCAAAGGGCUGGAUUGGCUAUGCUAUUCUCCUUCUUCAUGCCUGCGUUCUAGUCUUUGGCUUCCUGCUGAACGCACUGCAAACCAUCAUUGAGGUUGUCGCAAGAUCAAUGGGAGCUGGGCACGACGCACAGAAUGGCGCUGUGAGGGGCAGCGUAUUGAACUGGCGUUCGCUGAAGAAAAGACCAGACAGGAGCCGUGCGCCCAGGGGCAGCAUGACGAGCAAUGCUGCCAUCUUUCGCGAUGCCACUACCGAUGCCAACUAUGGUACGAGAUCUAGGAGUGUCUCUGCCAGUAGUCAGCAGCUGCUCAACAGGAUGAGUGGGUUUGAGAAUUUCUCGAGCGGUGGUGAUAAUGCCAACAAUUCCCCUGACCCUGGUUCCGAGCCGACGCCGAUUGGUACAAUGACAGACGAGGAUGGUAAGCCUAUCAUUGGUGUGAAGACGAGUGGUGACAACUACUAUCGACCACCAAGACCUAGGAAGAACACGAUGGAUCCGGUGACGGCUGGCACGCGCACACGAAGCACGGCGGACUUUCCCUACGCAGAUUCGCCAGGGCACGCAAGAGACAACAGCUACGACAGUGCUAAUAUGCACGGCUCACCUGCUCCUGCCUACUUCCGCGGUCGCACCGACUCCAAUGAUGAGACAAACCGAGCCGACUAUGCUGUGCGAGAAGUAGAUCAAUACUACCGCGGACCUGCACUGAACGACCAACCAUCCAGGAAGCUCAAGACUGGUCCUGCUGAUCCCGAAGGUCCCGCCUCGACAGCGCAAUCUUGGUUCAAGAACCUUGUCUUUGGCGUUAAGGGCAAGAAAAAGGAACCCGGCAACGGCUUUGAAGUUGUACGCCGGCCACGAAUGCCGCCCGGCAUGCAAGAUCCUGCUGCGUCAAACGAGGCUCUCGAACUUCAACAAAGCCCGGCAAUGCUGACAGAGCCUUAUCGCGACUCACCGAUCGUGGCGCAAAAAGAAACGCAGGCUGUGGCGGGUGCAGAAAGAGGAAUGCCAAGCUCCUCACUUGAACGUUCAAUCAGCCCGACUGAUGAUAUCGCUUCACAACCACCGACCCAGCCAUCGCAACCUGUCUUCGACUUCAAUUUCGAUGGCACUGCCCCGGCUGCAGUAGGAACAGCACGACCCGAAAGCGAGACGAUUGGGCAACUCAGCCAUCCAGUACUUGAGCCCAUCAGUACCGAGCAUCGUGCUUCUUUGGGACCUGCUGCCAAUCUGCGACGUUUUAGUCAAGAGACGAUUGAAAGUCGUUACACUGGUCGCGAGGCAUCGCACUAUGCCGACGAAGAGCAUGUUCAACCAUCGAGAUACUCCGACCAGCCAAUACCGUCCCUCGACCCCAUCGAUCUCGUCGGCACUAUCGACCUGCCAUCUAGAUUCAACUCAACCACAGGCUCGCAUGCUCCACCCUCCCGCUACAAUUCCAACGCAAGCGCUGCAAUCAAUGGCCCAGCACGAAUGCUGUCGAACCGAAGCGGCCCGCCUCAACUAGGACAGAUCGACGUCGACCACGACCAGGACUGGCUACGAGAAGUCGACAACCUGUCUUGGAACCACACCAGCCGCCAGGCCAGCGUCCGUAGCAGUGAACCUCCGUUGUUACACCCAGCACCAUCCGUCCCGCGCCGUAACUCUCGCCGGACCCUCUCGCAGGAGGUAGCUGCACAACGCUAUCGACCUCAGUCAACCAAUCUCUUCGAGGGCUUCGACUCCGCCAUAUCGCCCGAGCACCCUGCGUCGCCAACAGAGGAGGCGCCACCACGGCAUACUCCCGGUCGGGUAGUGCAUCAUCGUGCCGGCGAUAGCAUCACGCGGAACAGCUUAGGUGCUAACGCUGCCAUGCUGGGAUCUACUGCUGAGGUGGAAUACCUACGCCGCGAGAGCAACGCGGCAAAUGUGGAUAGUGUGGAACAGAAUCACAACGAUGUCUUCAGGGACUAG